AUGGACAUGAAUGACGAUUCGCCAACUCCUCAAGAUAGUCACACGAUAACUGUGGCAGAUUCAGUAUGGAAAUAUAUCAACAGUCCAAUAAUAGCGAUAUUUUCUGAAUUGGAGAAACCUCCAACAGAGCAGAUGCUCUGUUCACUUUUGGAAUCGUUAUUGAAAAGAUCUUCUACUUUAACCACUGUAUUAGUCCCACCAUUUAAUAAUGAUGCGACGGAUGUUAUUCUACAGCAACAAUAUGCAGCAUUUACAACCUGGUUAUUUGGCACAAUGUUCUACUUGGUAUGCAAUCCAUCGAGUGAUGUGGUGCUUUCAAAUAGCAUUGAGAUACAAGCUUGUAUGCUUAGAAUAUUAUCGAGACAUCACGUGACCAUGUUUCAGACUAUUACUUCAGAAUACCUAAGUAUAUUUGAUGAGAUAGCAGAUUUUUAUUCAAAUACCACAGAAGAAAUGAUUAUCUCAAAGUUUUAUACAGAAAAGAAUAUUAUAGAGAAUUUGGAUUUGACACCAUUUUCCGCAAAGAUCAAAUUAUUAAACGUUCCGUCAAUUCAAGCAUCUUUAUUAAAGAUAAUUGCGAAAGCUGGUGUUUCAGUUUGGGAUGAAGUAAAAUUGUGGGAUAGAAUUCUGAUAAUCAUGAUUAAUUCUCCUCCAAAUUUAAAGAUUGAAGCAUUACAAUUAUUUAUAGAAAUAUUAGAGAAUUCUAUUGUUCAUAAUAACAAAUGUACAACUAUAAUUAUGUAUAGUCUAGAAAUAGUGAAAAGUCUUCCAACUUGGAUAAAUUCAGAUCAGUUAUCAAUACAUAUGUUGCCUCAAAUUGCAGAAACAUUAAUACGUCUAAUACAAUUAUCACAUAUUUCUAUUCAUAUAAUAGAUUUGUGUUUCCAAAUUAUUAAUUUCAUAGCUUCCGAAUUUGUUACAUACAAUGUUAAAAUAGAGGUGAUAAAGAAAUUAGAAGAAACAGCGUGUUAUAAGAUCAAACAAUAUUUAAUUGCAGAACCGCGCUCUUGUACGACUUCGGAAAUUAAAAAUCUCUUCAACUAUUUUAUACAUUGUCCAACUGUUAUAGAAAUUUUGAUACAAUUUGUUUUUAUCGAUAUUCGACGGGCUGUUAUAUCAGAUAAAAUUGUUCUUACAACGGAGAUCAGCGAGCCAUGGAGAUUAUUAAGAAAGGAAUUAAUGAAUUUUAUGAAAGCUAAAAAAUUCACAGAAGUAUUGUAUAUUGUUAAAGCUUCAUCUUUACUACAAUUAUUGCUAGAAAAUCAAAAGAUUCAAGUAAAAUUAUAUGAGAACGAUUUAAAUGUCAUAUUAAAGAUUCUCAUGCAGAACUUGAAUUCUGAUGUGUGUGAAGACGAACAGAUUAUUUUUCAAAUUUUAAUGAAUUUAAUGUCUCACAAUGAAUCGAAUAAAGUUUUAUUGCAAUCGAUAUUAGCAUUGCCAUUCACUCAAGAUUUUAAAGGAUCUAUGGACAUUGGUCAAAAUAUGGUGCAAAGAGCAAAAUCUCUUGAUAUUAAAACAAUGUCGGAAUGUCUUGAAACUUUAUGCAUGUAUGGCAGUGGGAAAGAAAGACUGAAAUUAUUACGCACAUGUAUAAACAGUGAAGUGCAAAUAGCUAUUACAGCAGUGUCACACAGUGUAUUAUUACUGAAUGAUGCAACCAUAAAAUUGGAAGACAUUUGCCAAUAUGUUUUAAAUACUGCUCUAUCUUCGACGAAAGUGGAAAUACAUGAGAUUCUUGCAAACGUCUUAGGUCAGGUAGCUUGUAUCUCAUCAGGAAAGGGAAAAAUAAUUUUAUUAAGGGAAUUGUUAGACAACAAAAAAUGGACAAUACAUUGUGAAUGCUGUACAGAGAAUGUAGAAAACGAUGUCAAGUCCAACAUGCAUUAUUUACCGCGGAUUUACGAUCAUAUUUUCAGUACAUACUUUAAACUACUUUCUUCGACAAACGCUUCUAUACGUUUGCAAAUUUCUAAAAAUAUUCUUUCUCUUUCAAAUCAUAUAAAAUCAUUUAACUCGAAUGAGAUAACAAAAAAGUGGCUUUCUUAUAUACAUGAUGAGAACUUUGAAAUUCGGUCGAACAUCGCGUUAAUACUUGGGCAAUUGUUGAGUAAUAAAAUUGCAUUGGAAAGCAAUGAAUGUUUACCGGAUUCUGUAUCAGAUGAUUUGGAUGAAUAUGUUGAUCUAGUAAUUAAUAUUAUAGCCAAUACGCUUAUGGCUGCAUUAAACAGUUCCAAUGAUUCCUUACACGACACAUUACUCAGCACUGCAAAAAAUUUUGUAUGUGUUCCACUACAUUUAACGGAGAGAAGGAUUUUGGAUGUAUUUUUAAUCACAAUAACGCAUCCAAAUUCGUCACAAGCAGCUGUAGCGUCCGCUACAGCUAUGUACCGUGAAGUUGCUGACUUUCUUAACGUGUCUCCAAAGACUCUAUACGUUCGAUAUCGAAAGGACUUCUUGAAACUCCUAAUGCAACGUGCUGUUAGCAAUUAUAUAAAUUUUUCAUAUAAUAUGGCAACUACAGUGCAUCGUGUUGCUAAAUGUAUAGGCUACGAAGGAUCACGGCAAUUGUUAUACAAGGAUGGUCAUUAUGCAGUCUGCUUUCUGAUCGCCAUUAUUGUCGAAAUGCCAGAGGCAAAUAUGCUUUUAUACGAUAUAGCCGAAUUGCUUCGCAUGGAUAUAAAGCAAAUGCUUCAAGAAUAUUUUCCAUACAUUUGCAGUUAUGCGUUUUUAGAAAGAUCUCUUCGAAUAACUACGGAAUGUUUGAAACUUGUAACAAAAAUGACAGAAACUAGUCUUGCACUUCUGACGAAGCAGUCCUUUAUGGGAAUUUUUGAGGAACUUAUGUUAAAUUUUUAUGAAUCACCUGAAAAAAUAAUAGGUUUGUUAGAAAUUAUCUCAGAAUAUGACAUUAAUCAAAGAGGAAAGUUUAGUACACAAGAGCAAGUUAUGUCUUAUUUGAAUCUACGAUUACAUGGGAUAUUGGUGAAUUUUGAUAUAAAGCUCGGUCCUAAAUCAGAUGAACAUACGCAACAAUCUGCACUUGCUUCACUGGCCGUUUUAAUUCGUUACAUGGGUGCUACUUAUUUAACUCCGCUUAGAUAUAAGAUUUUAGCCACGUUACGAACAUCGCUUGGAUUUAAAAGACCAGGCUUCUCGCGCUUAGUUUGUGAUGCGUGGGAUGCAUUUAUUCAUAACAUAGCUAUUGAAGGCUUAGGAUCGCUGUUUCCAACGAUAUGCGUAUCGUUAAUACCACUGCAGAAAAUAUUUCCAGAAAAAGUCAAUAACAUGUUGGAAUUUUUAAUUGUCCAGAACAGCGGGGAUCACAUUUCAGAAUUAUUUUUUAUAGACGACAUAAAAGUUCCUACUCAAAUAUCUAAUAUAGUUAAAGCACAUAUUUUACAAGCAAGACCUGAAGGAUUUAAUGCAAAUUUAAAGUUAUGGUUGAGACGGAUUACACACGAAACUGAUGAAGUACGAAUUAGAGCUCUGAAACAUUUGCAAAUAUUUUUGGAGGAGCAUCGUGGCGAGCUUAACAAGAUGAUAUUAAGUGAGACUGAUGUCCAUCCAUUAAUCGUUGAACUAUUAGACACUCUACUAAUUGGAUGUCAAGAUAAAGACGAAUCUAUCCGUUUGUGUUACGGAGAAUGUCUUGGAGAAUUAGGAGCUAUCGAACCAAGUCUUCUUCCACGGAGAAUUACUUCUAGAGAUGAUAAUAAAUUUAUAUCAGACAUGAACGAAGAAUUUGUGUGUGCGCUACUUUCCGAACAUGUGCGAGCUUUUCAAAUGCAAAAAAACAGCCAAAGUAUGGAUUGUUUUUCACUUGCUAUACAGGAGAUAUUAAAAGCAUAUGAUAUUUCUCCGCAAGGUCGAAAUAGUGAAUUGUGGAAUAACUUACCGCUCACAACGCAACAAAUUAUAAUUCCUUUUUUGACAUCGCAUUACAAGAUAGUGACUGUUAGCGAUAACGAUGAAUUUCCACAUCCUAUUUAUAGUUCUGAAGCAGGUUCUUCAGUUGAAAACUGGGCUUAUAGCUGGCUUUGCAGUAUGAUUAAUGAUGUACGUGAUGCAAUCCUCAAUAAUGUAUUACAGGCAUGUAAAUUAGCGUUUAAACGGGAUAUAAAAACAUUAAUAUUUUGUCUACCGCAUAUUGUAUCAUACAUAAUCGCAAAUAAUGGGGAAGAAGAACAUGUUAAGAUUAGAGAAGAAAUGUUAGCUGUAAUCAAUAUUAAACAGAAGUCUGUAUUAGAUCCUGAACUUAUGCGUCAUCGGCCACUUCGAUAUGGACAGAGUACGAAGGCUGAUGACAAGAGAAUCUCGGAAGAAGCUAGACGUACACGUUGCUCGCAAGUGAUCUUUUGUAUAUUGGAUCAUUUACAAAGAUGGCUCAGAGAACGAAGAUUGUUUCAAGAUGAUAGAUAUGAAGCAAUAAAAAAAUUCUGCGCUAGAUUAGAUAGUUUGGUAGUAGCGGAGGGUUGUUACCAAUCACGUGAAUAUCACCGUGCAUUGAUGUAUCUGGAACAACAUAUGGCAUCUAGUAAUAAAGGCUUAUCACAAUCAAAAGAAGGUGGUUUACUCGCUAAAAUUUAUGCUCAACUCGAUGAUCCUGACGGAGUGUCUGGUAUCCUGGCGACCCAAAAUCAGUCUCCUACUUUGCAACAGUUGGUUUUAGCUCAUGAAGUCAAUGGACAGCUUCAGGACGCAGCUACAUGUUAUGAGAGACUUAUGCAAACAAAAGAUUCGAAACAUGCGUACUUGCAAGGCCUGAUUCAAUGUUAUCUCGGUCUAGAUCAACCGUUUACUGCCAAGCACAUCACCGAGGGUUUGUUGAAUAGCAGGCCAGAAUUAGAGCCUCUUAUAACUGAACGUGAGCUUUUUUGGAAACUUGCUCAUUUCUCUAGAUUUGAUGAAUCUUCGCAAAAAAAUAUAAAACACGUGCUACUGGAUGAUCUCAUAAAAGGAAUAAAACCAGAUUUAUUGUCCUUAAAGAAGAAUUUAGUAUCGUUAUUAGAAGAUGCUUCUCGACCAGGAGCUUAUCAACAAAGUUACUCAUAUAUUAUGAAAUUACACAUAUUGAAUGAAUUUGAUAAGGCAACUUCAAUGAUGUUAAAUAAUGCGGAAAGCCUUCCAGCAAUGCUGGAAGAAUGGGAGAAACGGGGGCAACUAUUAAGAGCAUCUCGCGGCGUAGAAUUUGUUUUGAGUAUGCGCAGAGCCACUUUAGAUUUGGCUGUACAACUACAACGAAAGACUCAAAACACAGAAAAUUUAAUGCUUAAACAGGAAAUUGGAAAAAUCUGGUUGAAAAGCGCUAAAAUUGCUAGAAAGACUGGCUUACAUCAACAAGCAUAUAUGCAUAUUUUAUCGGCCAGCGAUUGGUGCCCACCACAACCAUUAUAUAUAGAGCAAGCUCAAUUAUAUUGGCAAAAAGGUUGUCAGGAAGAUGCUUUUACCACUUUAAAUCGUUGCUUUUCAAAUUGUUUUCAACCAGCGCAAUAUUACAAACAAUUGCCCUCGGGAGAUUGUAACGAAGAAAGAAGAUACUGCGCAAAGGCAAAGCUUCUUUUUGCAAAAUACAACGACGAAACUCUUAAUGUCGAUACAGAUGGCGGUAUUGUUAAUUAUAAAGAAGCAAUCGAAGUAUGGAGAUGCUGGGAAAAAAGCUGGGUAUCAUGUGCUCAGUAUUAUGAUACUAUUGUUGAAAGAAUGUCUGAUGAUGACAAAGAUAGAAAUAAGCGGGACUUGCAAAUACACAUGAUGAAUUGUUACGGCAAAUCGCUUCAAUAUGGCUGCAAGUAUAUUCAUCAUUCAAUGCCUAAAAUGUUGACCAUCUGGUUGGAUAAUGCUUCUCGCGCUACAAUUACUACUGAUCCAUCAGAUAUCAUUCAACUUCGCAGAGAUCGUCUAUCAAAAAUGACUCAGAUCAUGGAAGUCUAUCAUCAUAGAUUACCAACAUUUAUGUGGCUGACAGCUUUCAGUCAACUCGUAUCGAGGAUUUGUCAUCCAUCGCAACAAGUGCAAAGUACUCUCUGCACGAUUUUAGUGAAAUUAAUUUCUACGUAUCCGCAACAUUGUUUAUGGAUGAUGGCAUCAGUUUUUAAUUCUUCGUAUCCGGCGCGACAAAAACGAUGUCAACAGAUUUUAAAUCAUGCGCAAUUGAAGACGCCGGACAUGUCUAAGCUUAUUAAAGAUUUCUACAGACUUUGGGAAAGACUAAUUGAAUUGUCUAAUAAAUCUAUACCAGAGGGAACACGAAAUACUACUGUGAAUAAUUUAUCAAAGAAUUUGCCAAGAUUACUGGCAAGUAAGGAUUUCAGCUCAAUCAUGAUGCCAACGACGAAAUUCAGACAACUACAUCUUCCAUCUAAAAACGCUUUAGUUGAAAAUCAUAAUCCAUUCUUAUUGAGAUGGGUACACAUAAGAAAAAUAGAAGAAAACGUAGUAAUAAUGCCGUCACUUCAGCGGCCGCGACGAAUCGCGUUAAGAGGAUCAGAUGGCAAAGAAUAUCUUUUCAUGUGUAAGCCAAAGGAUGAUUUACGCAUAGACUUCAGAUUGAUGGAGUUUAACGAUAUCGUAAAUAAAUAUCUUCAAAAUGAUCCAGAAUCACGACAAAGGAGGCUUUAUAUACGCACAUAUAGUGUUGUGCCAUUAAAUGAAGAAUGCGGCUUAAUAGAAUGGGUACCAAAUCUGGUUGGUCUUCGACCUACUAUUAUGAAUUUAUAUGUAGAAAAAGGCAUUGCACCUACGAAUAAGGAACUCAAAACAAUGAUAUGUGAUAAAAAAGAUCCGUUUGAAAAGAAGAAACAAAUAUUUUUGGAGAGGCUAUUACCACGACAUCCUCCUGUAUUUGGAGAUUGGUUUCGCAUCAUGUUCCCUGAUUCAUACGGAUGGUACGAAGCUCGCACAGCGUACAUUAGGACAACUGCUGUUAUGUCCAUGGUGGGAUAUAUACUUGGGCUUGGUGAUCGUCACGGAGAAAAUAUAUUAUUCGAUUCUACAUGCGGAGAUUGCGUACAUGUCGAUUUCAACUGCUUGUUUAACAAGGGCGAAUUUUUGGAAUAUCCUGAACGAGUACCUUUUCGCUUAACGCAUAAUAUGGUAGAUGCUAUGGGUCCUUUAAAAUUUGAAGGACCAUUUAGACGCUCCUGCCAAAUUACUAUGCGAGUACUUCGGCAAGAAUCGAGUACGUUACUGAGUGUACUUACACCUUUUGUGUACGAUCCACUCGUCAGUUGGAAUAAGAAUCAGCCUGGUGAAGCAGCUGAAAAGACAAAUGAAAAAGCCGUAGAACAUAUAAAAAACAUUGAGCAACGAUUGAAAGGCUUGAUACGAUAUCCUGGAAGAAAGGCAGAAAAUAUCGCGUUACAUCUCAGCGUUGAAGGGCAAACUAAUCAUUUAAUUUUGGAAGCAACAAAUAUAGAUAAUCUGUGCCAAAUGUAUUUCGGUUGGGGUGCAUAUUUGUAGAUUAUCGCCAAAACAGGAUUACGUGCAGAAUAGGAUCUCUGAAAAUAUAUGUACGUGUCACAAAGGAAAAUUAUAGCUUCCGGGUGAAUGUGUACUCUGUCUCGUUCUCAUAGCGACAUUCGCCAUAAGUGGGGUCGAACACUCACGAUUCCAACGUGAAGUAUAUAACACUAUUGGCAGUAAAAUGAAACCAAGACAUCAUGUAAAUGCAUGAAGAUGUGUGAAAUCGAGAAGACAACAAACAAAUUUAUUUUGCAAUGGCAUGUGAGUUCUUUUUAUAAAGGAAGUCUUAUUACAAUUUACAAAAUUUCAUCGUUUAUGCACGUAAUACAAUAACAAAAUAUCGAUAAUAAAUAGGAUUCAAUUUUUCUGUCAUAUUUGUUUAUAAUAUAACUUGAAACAAUAUGUAAUGUAUUCAUACAAACAGAAUACUGUUACCCAUGUGUAUAUGUGUGCGCGCGCGCGCGCGCGUGUGUGUGUGUGUGUGUGUGUGUGCGCGCGCGCGCGCAUUAGCAUAUGUUCAAUUCAUUAAUAGCCUUGUUCGUGACGGAUCUAUUCGUGACAAUAGUAUUGUUCGUUUUAUUUGUUCUGGGUCUACUCAGAGAAAACCUAAGCAGACCAACGCACUCUAAUAAGGUUGAUUCCGAUGACGCCAACCUAUUAGAAUGCGUUGGUCUGCUUGAGUUUGCUCCGAGUAGACCCAGAACAGAUAAAACGAACAAUACUAUUAGAUCCGUCAUCUUGAUACAACAUUAUAAAAAGACUUUAUUUUAAAACGUGCUUUAUAGUUUCACGUGCUUUUAUUAUAAUUUGUAUUAAAUGAUGCAUGAUAAUCGUAGAAUAAAAUUCCAUGUUCCGAAAA